CUUAGCGCGCGACAUGGCGAAGUGAUGAGAAGUAAACAGUUUAGAAUUGUUUUUAUUUGUCUGAAUAAAUGGUUGUUGUUGAGUGUGUUUGUGCACCAGCAUGUGCGUUAAACCGUAACCAAAAACAAACAACGUUAUUUUUUUUAAAUAAUGUCUACGCCUCUAGAUAGUUAAUAGUGCACGAGGAUGGACUGCGUCGCUACAGGAGGAAACGUCAAAGUGCUGGCCAAAGCAAUACACUCCCUUUCAAGGAUUGGAGAAGAACUUUACUUGGAGCCCACUGAGGAUGGGCUAACCCUGCGUGCAGUGAACUCAUCUCGAUCAGCGUUUGCCUAUUUCCUGAUGUCUCCACUCUUCUUCCAGAGGUUCCAGCAUCCUCCAGACCAAGCCUUUCGCUGCAAAAUGCCCAUCAAAAGUGUACAGACAGUUUUUAGGUCUCUCUCAUCUCUAGAGCGCUCUGUGGAAAAGUGCCGCAUUGAGAUGAACACCGAGAAGAGUCGUUUGAGAAUCACACUCCACUGCAAACAUGGGCUUUUAAAGACACACAACCUGUCCUUUCAGGACUGUGAGUGUUUGCAAGCAGUGUUUAACAAGGACACCUGCACCAACGUGCUCCAAGCUCAACCCAGGUUGUGGGUGGAUACAGUACUGCAUUUCCCACCCUCUCUGGACGAAGUGAACGUAUCAGUGAGCAGCGAUCGGGUUUGGCUCAGGAACCACGUGGAAGACGAUGCAGAUUCAUCAAAAGCCAUGAUGACCGAGUUGUGUUUGAGCUCCGAUGAAUUCGAUCACUUUGCUAUUGGCUCUGAGACCAGCAUCACCUUUUGUCUCAAAGAACUCCGGGGUUUAUUGGUGUUUGCUGAAACAGCAGGUCUUCCCAUCUCCAUGUAUUUUGAAGAGCCUGGCAGCCCUGUUGUCCUGAGCGUGUCCGACAGUGUCUUAGAGGCGAACUUUGUACUUGCUACUCUGUCUGAAGACACACACCAGCACAACCACAACAACAACAAAGCUAAUGGAGCCCGUGCUGAACUCCCACCCGACGACUUUAUGUGCGAUGAUAUUGACUCGUAUCUCAUCGCCAUGGAGACCAGUGACCUCGCUGGCCCAUCUUACCAACCUCAACCUCAAACGUCCUCCACCAACCACAAAAACCGGUUGUCCAGCGAAGAGGAAGACGAGGAUGUGGAGCCCGAGGAGGAGUCAGUGUUGGGACCACCCAAUAAAAAGUUCUGCUCACUUUUCUUCGGCUCCGUGAUACCGGAUUCGACUAAGGCAAACGAUCAGACAAUGCAGAGCCAGGAAGUGCUCGCCAGCGACAGCGAGGACGAGAGACAGUCGGAAUAAACUGCGCAGCAAAGAGCAAAAGAAAAGAGCAAAAAAGAAAAUGGACA